AUGGUGGGGCAGAGCCCUCUGGAGCCCGGCGAGAGCAGGGCCGCGGUGCUGCUGGAGCCCUUCGUGCACCAGGUGGGAGGCCACAUGAGCAUGCUGCAGUACGACGAGACCACGGUCUGCAAGCCGCUGGUGUCGCAGGAGCUCAGCUUCUACGAGUCGCUGCCCCUGGCCAUGAGGCAGUUCACUCCCCAGUACAAGGGCAUUGUUUCAGUGCACCUCAAAAGGGACAGCUGUGGCAACCUGGCACUGCUUGCCAGCCCCAGCCUGCAGGCAGAGAGCUGUGGGCGGCAGGAGGGCGCGGGGGGGGACCCCUCGGUGGCCAUGAGGCACAGGCACAGGAGGGCUGCUGGCAGCGACUGCACCGUUCUCAAGUGGAGCCACUCACAGCUCACCAAGAGCUUCAGAGACAGCUGCCCGGGGAAGAUGCUGCUGAGGACAGACCUUCAGUACUGCACAGAUCCGCUGCUGGAGGACAAAAAUGGGAACCAGCCAGAGGGAAAGAGCCACAACCCCUGGGGGCUGCACUGCCACCGGCAGCAGCUGAGCCGCCUGUCCAAGCACAACGAGAACAAAUUGCACCAGUUUCUGCUGCUGGAGAAUGUGGUCUCCAGGUACAGCUACCCCUGCAUCCUGGACCUGAAGAUGGGCACUCGGCAGCACGGGGACGACGCGUCCGAGGAGAAGAAGGCUCGGCACAUCCGCAAGUGCCAGCAGAGCACCUCCGCCUCCCUGGGCGUGCGCCUCUGCGGCAUGCAGGUCUACCAAGCAGACACUGGACACUUUCUCUGCAAGGACAAAUACUUCGGCAGGAAGCUCUCAGCGGAGGGCUUCAGGCAGACCCUGCGCCAGUUCCUGUGCGACGGGAACCGGCUGCGGACCGAGCUGCUGGAGCCGAUCGUGCUGCGCCUCAAGGCUCUGCUCUCCGUCAUCAGGAAGCAAAGCUCCUACCGCUUCUACUCCAGCUCACUCCUCAUCAUCUACGAUGGACAGGAGCACAAAGAGAGCACAGCAGCCCUGGGUAACCACCUUCACUUCCCCAGAACAAACUGCCCCCCCCCGCAGGGCGCUCAGCACCCCAGGGUCGACGUCCGCAUGAUCGACUUUGCCCACACCACCUUCAAAGGCUCCAAAUGCAACCACACCACCCACGAUGGCCCAGACCAGGGCUACAUGUUCGGCUUGGAGAACCUCAUCAAAAUCCUUCAGAGUCUCUCAGAAGGCAAAUGAUCCAUUCUGGGAAGUCCUCUGGAUUUCCUGGUGACCCCCAGCCCGAGGAGUCCUGCGCCAGGGCCCUUUCCUGGGCCCCUCCCAGCUGCUGGAUGUCAGCUGUGGGAUGAGGGCAGGGGCAGCUUGCUAGGAAAGCACCAACAAUGCCACUGCCAAGACUGAGCUGAAAAGCAAAGAGCUGAAGGAAUCUGCUCUGCCUGCCAUCAGUCAGGUGAUUUGUUUUCCUUCCUUGUUUUACUGCUGUCCUUAUUUGGGAGCCACAA